GAAGAAGGAGGAGGAGGAGGAGGAGAAGAAGAAGAAGAAGAAGAAGGAGGAACAUUCUCCGAGUGGACCCGUCGGAGCGUCAUGGCGGUCCCUCAGUUUCUCUCUACGGCGGAGUUGGUCAAACAAGGAGCGGAAGCUCGCUUGUAUCGGGCAGCGUUCUUAGGAAAGCCGACAAUAAUCAAAGAAAGGUUUCCUAAACUCUACCGACAUCCAGAGCUGCACGACAAGCUGAACUCUCGCAGAACAGCUCAUGAGGUCCGCUCCAUCCUGCGCUGCAGAAAAGCAGGUAUUCCGGCUCCAGCUGUCUACUUCGUGGACUACAAGUACCACUGCAUCUUCUUGGAGGAAAUCGUUGGCUCCUCGACUCUGCGUGACCACAUCAACUCCGUUCAGCGGCGCGACUCCUGCGCAGACCGAGGUCUGCACGAGCUAGCCGAGAGAGUCGGUCGGAUCUUAGCCAAAAUGCACGACGAGAACGUCAUCCACGGCGACCUGACCACCUCCAACAUGCUGCUGAGGCACCGGCCAGAGGCCACGGAACCGGAGCUCGUCUUCAUCGACUUCGGCCUGAGUUACAUUUCGGCUUUGCCCGAGGACAAGGGCGUGGAUCUGUUUGUCCUGGAGAAGGCUUUUCUCAGUACUCACCCCGACACAGACGUGCUGUUUGAGAAGCUGCUAAAGAGCUACGCUGCCACUUCCAAGAUGUCGGCGUCAGUCAUCAAAAAGCUUGACGAGGUACGGCUGAGAGGGAGGAAGAGGUCCAUGGUGGGGUGAUCAUGAGGUGGACGGACGAACACUUAGUUUGAGGUUCAGACGAGUGGUCAACGAUUGGACAGGGUGAAGUUAUUAAUCUGUAUGAUGCUGUGCUAUAAAUGAAACAAACACACUUGUUAAUAAAAUGUUGCAAGUUAUUAAUGCUUCUUUUUAUCCGUACUGAAUGUUACAUUGCAAAUUGAGGUUCCCUCUGUUUAUUGUUCCAUAGAAAUUGAUAGGAUCUGUGUGUUAAGAAAGGUGUGGAUAAAAGUUCCCACACCUUUUGAUCCAAUUACAGUGUAUAGAUCAGACUCAUCCCCAAAGAGCAUAAAUUUGAUUAACAUGGAAUAGAAGCUGGGUGGUCAACAAGCAGGAGUCUUAAAGUCAAAUUCCUGGUUUGCAGAGAGCUUCAACAGCAUCGAAAACUAUUUGUUCUGUUAUUCUUACAGAAGUGUUCAAAUUUCCCACAGAAACCACGGAAAACCGUAAUGGAAUGAGGUUGAGAAACGACGCAGCAACAGUGAUAUUAUUUUCCAUAAUUUAAUAGAAAACAGGAACUUGUCAGGAAUACAGAUAUCAACACUGAAGGAAUUACUGCAGAUAUGAUAAAUUAUUUGAAUAUUGUUUUGAGUGUCUGAAGUGUCUGUAGUGUUAAGCACUUUAGAUGGUUAUUGACUUAUUUUAAUCAUCCAACAUGAGCUUUUUAUUCUUAUUACUCGGUUACAUAAAAUAACCCUUAACUAACCUCAGUUGAGUCCAUUAUCCGCUAACGGUAGAAGCCAAAAUCUCUGCUAAUGUUGAUGCUAAUAAACAAUUAACUUUGCUGUUAAGGUGUUUAAAGUACACGUGGACUUUAAAGAGGGUUUUAAACCAAAGAAUUGCUAGCUUCUGCAUGUCCAUUUUAAGCCAACAACCAGUGAGGGUGAUGGGUUUUAGGCUGCCAUCUUGGUAGUACAAAAUACUAUUAGAUCUAUCACUCCAAUAGGUUAAUCAAUCCAAAAGGUAAUUGAUUUCUAAUUUAGCAUUGCACGAAAACCCUUCAUUUAUUGAUUUCAGUCUCAUAAAAAAAUUAUUGAAAAUAAAACUGAAAAGUAACUACAUGGUAAUAACCAUGUCAUUACAUGGUAAUAACAUUACCAUGUAAUUUUCCAAUGCAGGAUCUGAAUUACUAAUUUUGGUCAUUCUGUUAGAGAGAUUUCCCAUUCUUGUUGCUUUCUUGGGUUUUUUAUCCUUGUAAAAUAAAGAUUAAAAAUAACAAAUUAAAAUGGA